AUGAUCAAGGGAAGAAAUGUCGACAAAGAUGAAGUUAAUGAAAAGAGGAAGAGUGCAGGAUUAUCAAAAGCCAAUAAGAAGAGUAGAAUCUCAAAGUCUAAAGACAUGAAAUCUAGGGAUAAUGAGGUGAAGUGGUGUGACAAGUGUAGAAGGAAACACUUUGGAGGAUGCAUUGAAGAAGUGACGUGCUUCAAGUGUUGGAAGAUUGAUCACAAUACUAAUGAAUGCACAACCAAGAAGGAAGUAUGCUUUAAGUGUGCUGAAGAAGGACAUUUCAAGAGAGAAUGCCCAAAGAAAAAAGGAGUUGUAAAGCCAAAUGUGUAG